UGUAAGUUGAAGUUAUAUCAAAGAAACUUGUUCUCUUUCAAGUCUAUUAUCUCCUCCUACUCAACGUGUUCUCUUCCAAAUUAACCUAAAUAAUACAUAGUUCUAGCCGUGUGAAACCGUUUGAAAAAUUCAAUAAAGGUUUUGAGUUGGAUUUAGGUUUUGAUUUGGAGGCAGAAAAAGUGUUAGCUUUAAUGGCGGCAAGGGCUUCUAGCAAUUAUAUUAAAAAUUUAUUAUUUCAAAAUUCAACAAUCGGAGCUUUUGGAGGAUUAGGAGCUGUUAGACAUUCAACUUCCGUUCCUAAAAUUUGUCCUAAAAUUCCUCAGUUACCAAAGAAAGGAAGAAUCUUUACAGCAGCCUUUUUAGGCAUAGUUAUUUCUGGAGGAGCUUAUGUGAGUACUGUGAAUGAGGCAACUUCGUGUGGGUGGUUAUUUUCAGCAACAAAGCUUGUGAAUCCUUUCUUUGCCUACCUCAAUGCUGAGACUGCUCAUCGUUUAGCUGUUGCAGAAGCAGCAGCUCGUGGUUGGCUCCCAAAAGAGAAGAGGCCGGACCCAUUAAUAUUGGGGAUGGAAGUAUGGGGUCGGAAGAUUUCAAGCCCUAUCGGUCUUUCUGCUGGUUUUGAUAAAAAUGCGGAGGCAGUUGAAGGUUUAUUAGCGAUGGGUUUUGGGUUCAUAGAGAUUGGGUCCAGUGACGAAGUUCCACAUGGAGGAAAAGCAGGUCCAGACAUUCUGGGUGUCAAUCUUGGGAAGAAUAAUACUAGUGAAGAUACUGCUGCUGACUAUAUUCAAGGAGUUCACACUUCGUCCCAGUAUGCCUAUUACUUGGUUAUCAACAUUUCAUCACCAAAUACUCCAGGGUUGUGUAUGCUUCAAGGACGAGAACAACUUGAGGAUCUUGUUAAAAAGGUAAAAGCUACUCGCGAUGAUAUGCAAUGGGGAGAGGAAGGCCCUCCUCCGGUCCUUGUGAAAAUUGAUCCGUACUUGCCCAAGCUAGAUCUCGAAGAUAUUGCAGCGGUUGCUUUGACACUCCGCUUGGAUGGAUUGAUCGUAACUGAUACAACCAUUGCAAGACCAGAUCCAGCUCGUGAGAAUCCUGUUUCUGAAGAAACUGGUGGUUUAAGUGGGAAACCUCUAUUUGUCCUGGGAACCAACGUGCUCAGUUACUUGUGUCUCUUGACAAGGGGAAAGGUUUCUCUUUAUGGCUGUGGAGGAAUUAGCAAACAUAAGGCCAUUGAUAUUUUCCCAUACUACAACAGCAAACGCAAGCAUGAACAGCACUACCAACAUCCUCCAUGCGAUCGUCCAUGCAAUUGCGUAUAUGCAUGCUCCCAUUGUCCAUGCAGUUGCCCUUGUCUUGUAAAAUAGGUAGUGUUAAAGAUCCAGUUCGGUGUUCUGAGAAUAAUUUGUUCUGAUUCUGUAACUUUCAUCCAAUAUCAUAUUCAGCACUAACAAGUUACACGCUUCAAAGAUUCCAAGUUGAUUUCAAAUCUAGAUGGUGUUGGGAAUCUUCAACUAUAAAAAGAUCUGAAACUUAAAGCUAUCUAAAUCGUGUUCACACUGGUUGAAUAUUGGUCCGGCUAGGAUGUGGCCUGACUAGUUGAUUUUAUCGUCCAAAUGGUUAACUAUUUAUUUAUUUUUUGCUUGCUUGCUUGCUAAGGGCAGUUCCUAUGGGAAUCAGCAAGCCA